AUGAUACUCCGAAGCUGUCUUUUGGGCGGCACGCUGCUGCUGAGCGCGCGCCUGGCCUCCGGGGCAGACAGCGUCCCCGCACUCGUCCCCACCCCGACGUCUGGCGCCGCCCCGCCCGCAGGCCUGACGCCCUUCGCGACCUCGACGCACCAGUACGCGCAGGGCAUCCCGACGGGCCAGGCGAUCCGGGGGGAUUAUGGCGGCGAGUUGAGGCCGAGGGUGCACUAUAGUCCGCCGGUGGGAUACCUCUCCGACCCGAACGGCUUGUUCAAGGACGACAACGGCACAUGGCAUGUGUAUUACCAGUACAACCCCUCGGCCCCGCUCCCAGGCCUAGGCAACUGGGGCCACGCGACCUCGCCCGAUCUGUACGCGUGGACGAACGCGCCGAUCGCGCUGCACCCGCCUGCAAGCGACACAGGCAUAGGGAACGGCAGCGUGGUGCUCGACGCGAACAAUACCAGCGGGCUCGGGAGCGUCGUGGCGUUCUACACGCUCAACUCGACCGUGGCGCUCGCUGGGUCAACGGACGGGGGGUAUACCUUCACACCGGCGGGCACAGUCAAUGUCCGCGGGCGGGAUCCGCGGGUCACGCGGGUCGGCAGCGACUGGGUGCUCGCCGUGGCGCGCGACUCGCGCGUCGCGUUCUACACGAGUGGCGAUCUGAAGAGCUGGAGCUACGCAAGCGACUUUGCCGGCUCCGGCCGGCUUGCAGCGCCGAGCUUGGCGAAGGUCGGCGACAGCUACCUCCUCAUCGUGACCACGACCGACGCGCCGCUCGGCGGCGAAACGCAGGUAUACUACGUCGGCGAGUUCGCCGGCGGGGCCUUCACCCCCAGCGCGGGGCCGACACCAGUCGAGUGGGGCAAGGACGCGAGCGGGGGGAUCGUCGACCCGAGCGGCGGCGUCGCGAUCUCCUGGGCGAACAACGUGCAGUAUGCUGCGCGGGUACCGACUGCCGGCGAGUCGUGGCGCGGCGCGCUGACCCUGCCCCGCGCGGUGAGCCUCGUCAAGGGCGCCAGCGGCACGACGACGCUGUCGCUCGCGCCGUACGGCCUCGACGCGGCGCGCGGGGACCAGCUGGCGAGCGCGCACGGCGACGGACAGUGGAAGUGGGACGCGGGGCUGAACGCUUCUGCGACCGGCACCGUGCUCCUCGAGAUCAACGUCACGGCCGGCGCGACCCUCAACUAUACCUUUUCUGGGGGCGGGUCCGUCUCUGGCGGCGUGAGCGCCAGCGAGCUGUGGAUCGACCGCGGCACCGCGAACGGGUUCAACUCGACGAGCUUCACGCCGCGGCUUGCCACGCCGUGGACGCAGCGCAACGCCACGCUCCUCGUCGUGCUCGACCGCAGCGUGCUUGAGGUGUUUGUCGAUGGCACCGCCGCGACGGCCGUCUUCUACCCCUCGUCGCCGCUCACCCACCUCGAGCUGGCCGCCAACGGCGCCGUGUCGGCCGCGCUGUGGGACCUGCACGGCGGGUUCGAGGGCGACGGUACGGGCGGGGCCGUGCGCCGGCGGUGGCGGAAGCGGGGCACGCGUGGGCCGGGCGGCGGGGUCGCUGGAGGAUGA